AUGUCGUCUGAGUUGGAGGCUCGUCUCGCUCGGGUUGACGAUGGACUCUCGGAGUGGAGUGCCACGACGCGCACCCGCUGGGAGGGAGGAAUGUGGCAUGUCAAGAAGGAGUUGUUCGAAUUGGUACUCCAAGACUUGGAUGCAGCUUUGAGUUCCAUGCAGGACAUCGCUCUUCAAACCCAGGUGCGCUCAGAAAUCCGCGGCAUCCUUACGGCCGAAGAGGAGAUUAUCGGGGUAUUCCCCACUGGCGGCGAUUGGGGGGCGAACACGGGGGUGGACAUCCGUUUUCGUGCAUCACUAGUUGCCCUGCGCUUUUCCGAUCUUGUGAGGUCCACCCUCCGUCCCUUCUUGACCCAGCUGAAUGGUCCCCUUCGGUGCUGGGUCCCGUUGUCCCAAGGCGAGAUGACUAGGCGGGGCGGGAUGAAGGACACGCCAAAUCCCCGAAGAGGGAGAGGCGUGAACGCGACCGGCGCUGAUCAAGUUUGGGGUGGUUACCAGCUUGCUUCGCAGGAACUCUGCGGGUGGCCAGAACUGGAUGGCCUUUGGAAAGUCAAGACGGAGAUCUUCGAACUUUUGCUCCAAGACCUCGACCCAGCCAUAUCUGCUAUGUCGGAUACCGCCAGGCAGUUGCAGAUCCGUGCCGAGCUACGUGAGACUCUCGGGGGCGAUGAGGAGAUCGUCGGGGUGCCGUACCGACCCGACUUCGACUUCGAUGUUCCUCCUCCGGACUUCGGUGCCAGCCUCCUCGAGGUCAACUUCAUUGAUAGGGUCUGGUACGACUCAACUUAUGCAUUCAUUGCGAUCACCGGGAACAGCGUUCCUGUCGAAAACGAGGUCAUUCUGGCAAUAUUGGAAACGACAAGGCUGAUGAACUUGCAGGGCGCCUCUGUGGCCGAGUAUUCGAAUGGAAGCAUGCUGUCUUGCAACCGGGCUCUUGAUGCAGAUUGGACUGUGGUAGCAGAGGACAUGGCUUGCCCCUUUCCCCUGCCUGCCAUGCCGUCGGACGCUGAUACUCGCCUGGAGUUUCUGGAAGACCGUAUGGGUGAGUGGGACUCCCUUACGCGUAUCCGAGUCAAGGGCGUCCCGGCUCUUGUCACUCAGGCAAGAGAAUUGGCCCAGGGCAGUCGUGAGUUUUGGCGCCUGAAGGACACAGUCGGCCAAUUGGUUUGGGAUGUGGUUGGCCCCAUCCUCAGCCCGGUGGUCCAGGAACCCGCCCUGAGUGCCAUGCGUGACGAGUGGUUGUUGGGGUGCCACAAGGAGGGACUUCAGGGGAUCUUCCCAAUCGCAGGCAAGUGGCAGGACACGCACAUGUUCGACAUUCGUGUCCGGUGUGGGCUUCAGGAAAAGUUGCGGAGGAAGCGUAACCGCGCGAGGUUGACCCAAGGGCCUCCCAAAGGCAAGGGCAAGGGUGGUCAGGGAAAGGGUGAUGGGCGUGCUGGUGGUGGCCAUGGCAAAGGUGGUGGCGGUGGGCGGGCAGAGCGCGGACGCAGCCGUGAUCGUCGUCGUGGCCGUUCCCACAGAGAGACGACGACGAUGUUGCGCAUUGAGAAGCUCGAGGAUGUUGUGUCCGACUGGUCCGCGGUGACCCGUACCAGAUGGGUUGGUAUGUCGGCGUGGGAGAAUCGCUUGCAGGAACUCCUGUCCAGAAAGGAACCUCUGUGGCACGUCAAAAACGAGCUCUAUGUGUUGGCCUUCGAGGUUCUUGAACCCAUCCUAGCCUGUAUCCAAGACAUGGCCGUUCAGAUGCAGUGCAAAGCGGAGCUUCGUGAGUGCCUUUCGGCUGUAGAUCUCCGCUUCCGCCCUUCCAUGUCCGCUUUUCGGAUGUCACAGCUCGUGAGGCAUCAUUUGCGGGGAGUUGCGAGCGCGUUUGCCACCCAUGGGAUCGAGGUGUGGGCCCCCCUUUCCCAGAACGAUAUGAAAAACAAGCGCAACCGCCAGGGCGGGAAGGGAGGUGGAGGCAAGGGCCACUCCAAGGGUGCGGUAGGGAGCACGAGCGCUCCCGUGAGCGCCGCCGCUCUCCUGGCAGGCGCUGAGGGGGACUCCCCCCACCUUUUUAACUAUGGAUCUGACUACGCUGCAUUUUCCAUUUAG